GAAAAAACACAACAGUGGAAUAGUUCGGAGGGCCCCUUCCGAUGCAGUGAACGCUGAGCUCCAAGCCGAUACCAUGAAGCGGUAGCAACGGCUGGGGGAUCCCCCUUCUACCAUCGCUGGACCAGGACACCAAUGUUCAACCCUCUAGCAAGGGGCUAGAGAAGAGCGAAGCCGCAUAGGAGAGUUAGAAGCUCUGAGGGCUUCAUUGCUGCUCUCCUGAAGGCCAAGCCACCUGCACCUUUAAUAUUUAUUUCCCCUACCCACCUCUGACCUAAAAUGCUGACGAUAAAGUUGCCUCAGAUAUUCAGGGUUCACCAAGUACCUCGUAUCUUCUGGGAGGAUGGCAUCAUAUCCGGCUACCGCCAUCCAAAGAGCUCUGCCUUGGACUGUAUCCUGAGCUCCUUCCAAAUGACCAACGAGACUGUCAAUAUCUGGACCCACUUCCUCCCGACCUGGUAUUUCGUGUGGCGGUUCCUGGUGCUCUCCUCCUCCCUGGAUUUCUGCAGAGACGCCUACAACUGGCCUUUCCUCGUCUACAUGCUGCUGGUCUGCCUGUACCCCUUCACCUCCAGCUGCGCCCACACCUUCAGCACCAUGUCCACCCACGCCCGCCACAUCUGCUACUUCUUCGACUACGGAGCCCUCAGCCUCUACAGCUUGGGCUGUGCUUUCACAUAUGGAGCCUAUGCGAUGCCAGACCGUUGGGUUAACAGCACUUUGCACCAUUACUUUGUACCAAUGGCUGCUUUUAACUCAUUUAUCUGCACCAGUCUGUCUUGUUACUCCCGUUUCCCGGAAUUGGAGUGUCCCCGGCUGAGCAAGGUUUUACGGACAACAGCCUUCGUGUAUCCCUUUGUCUAUGACAAUAUCCCACUGUUUUAUAGGCUUCUGUUCUGCUUCGGGGACGGCUGCACCUGGAACGAUGCCACCGCGGGUUACUUCUACCACCUCUUCUUUGCCCUGCUCACCGGCUUCCUCUUCGCCUCCCACCUGCCGGAACGCCUGGCGCCCGGGCGCUUCGACUAUAUUGGGCACAGCCACCAGCUGUUCCACAUCUGUGCCGUGGUGGGCACCCACUUCCAGCUGGAGGCCGUCCUGUCGGACGUGCGCUCGCGGCAGGCCUGGCUGAGCACCCGGGCCCCGGCGCCCGCCUUCUCCGCCACCUUCGGCACCGUCAGCCUGGCCCUGCUGGGGAACCUGCUCAUCAUCGGGGGCUUCACCGUGGCUCUGCUGCGCUGGCCGGGCGGCUCCUCCAUCCUGCAGAGCACCGUGCCCGAGGCGGGCCGCCCCAAGGAGCAGUGAUGCCCGCCCGGCCCCAGAGACAGCGGCUCUGAGUAUAAAAUCUCUCUCUCGACUCCCGCUCAGUGACCCGUCCAAGGAGAAGUCCAUUGUCCCCUCACAGGUGAUGCCGGUAGAGGGUUCGCGCUGCGGCACGUUUCUCAUUUCCGCUCUCCUGUCGCAUUGACUCUUCGCUGAGCUUUACGCCUUGGCCAAAAUCUGCCUCCAGAUCCCUCCCUGAGGGUGUCUGUCUAUGCGGCAAGCUGGACUCUGAUUGCGCAGCCCGGGUGGACAGAGGUUAGCUGGAGCCGAGCUAGCGCGAGUCUGUCUACCCUGCACUGCGACUCGCACCUCCGCCUGCAACGCCGACAUCCCCGCCUGGCCCUGGAGGGGCUAACAGCGCUCAGAAUCCGGCCCCGGGGAAAUCAGUGCACUCUGAGAGGUCAGCUUUGUAGCGAGAGUGCUGCAUGACGCCAACCCUGCCCAGCUGGAGAUCCCCACAUGCCUAGGGCCCAGCAGUGGGGGAACUUGUCCCGGAGAGUCCUCAACCGCCAUCAGUCCGGAGGGACGUAGCUGAGAUGGGUUACGGUGUGUUUUUGUAGGGCCUUCGCAACAAGGCCAAAUCAUCCGGAGAGGUAAAGGGGGAGACGUUGAGGUUUUGAGUUGGUAAAAAGCGACUGACCCAGCCUGGGCUCGGGGUGACGGUUAUUCCUGGGCUGUGCCGAGCUGACAGGGUGCUAGGAAUCGGCCCUAGGCUGGUAGAAAGGUGGCGUAGCCAGGCCAGCGAGAGGAGUAGUUUGAAGUGGUUCCUAGUAGGUGCUGAGGAGGAGCUAGUCGAGGCAGCGAAUGCAAUAGCCAAACUUGAGGCCUGAUUAUUUUCCACACCUCUCCCGGCCCUCGCGUGGGCGUGAGACGCUCCCGCAGCAGAACGGUGGCGGUUUUUCACUAGCGCAAGGGGAGGGAGAGGGAGGGGGAGGGGCGCAACGUAGACUCAAAGCUUAAGAUGCUUUAACACCCUUGCAUGGUGCUUAUGUCCUGUUUGCAGGCGCUAAUAUCAGAGGCUAAUUAAAAAGGCAGGUGGGAAGACCUCGUUAAGCGAAGAGAACAAACCCCCGACGGCUUGGCUUCUUUGGGGACUCUCCCGGACUCUGUUCCCCCCUUUGAGGAGGCACCUGUUGGUGUUCCCUGCACCCCCAUUCUCGGCACUAGAUUAGGGUCCUGUGCCGAAAUCACUGGAGGUUCAGCUGCUUCGAAUAGGUCUGAAUUUGAUUCGUUGCCUCCCUCCGUGCUGCCUCUAAAGGGCCCAGCAACUGAUCUUGGCUCUCCAGCGAGCGGGGGUGGGAUCCUGGCCACCUGGGAAACCAGUGGGGAAACUCCCAUUGACUUCAGCCGAGCCAGCGCUGCACAGACCAUGGGUCAGUCUCUCUGCUGUAGGGAUCCUGCACCCUGGAAUCAAUGAGCGCUUUGCCAGUGCGGGAUGUGUGCGCACACACCGGCCUGUCUAGAAGCCUGGAACUCCCAGCGGCAGGGCGGUGCCAGGCCCCUAGCAGGUCGGAGCAGGGUAUUUGUGGAUGGCAGCUAUUGGACCUCAUCUUUCUCCACCCACCGACCGGCGGAUCAAUUUCCCAACAAACGAAAGCUGCUCCACGGGGCUGGCCAGGCUCCCCACGGGCAUUGGGUUCUUUGGGAUCCAGGUUGCUCCCAGCAGCCGGGCCGGAUCAGCCCAAGUGGCUUAGCCAUGACGCCUGGUCCAGAAGACGGAUGCAGACACCGUGGGUCUCAGCAGAGUGUCUGUACUGUCGUGUUCCUUUCCCGUCCUUGGCUCGGCUGGUGGUUGCCUUUUUUCACACUAAUAAUUUUUGCGAGGCUCCCCUGCCGUUACUGACCCGUGGCCACACCGUUCUCACUAGAUCGGACCUCAGCGUAGUCUUGUAGCCCAGUCCUCGUACCUGUAUCAGAUUCGCCCCUUGCUGCAUCUAGGCCUGUAUUCUCCUGGGAGCGAGGGGUGAUUGUCUGUUUCAAUGACAGGCAGCGUGUCAUCCUCCCACCCCUGCAAUCCAGGCUAUGUUUGGCGAGGCCUUGGCGCCUUCUGUCCUAGAUCGGUCUCCAUUUACCCAGAGGCUGGACUCAAUCCCCAGCUGGCGUUAACUAGCAUUGCUCCAUUGACAGCAGCGGAGUUCUGCUGACGAACACCAGCUGAGAAUGGGGCACAGCUUGUAGUCUGGCGCCCCGGCAUUAUCUUCUGCUGUAACAAUUCACCUUUGCCUCUUAAAGAACCCAGGUCCCCCUCUGGUUAUCCUGUGUUCCUCGGGAGCACCUGGAAUACAGGCGCAUGUCUGCACGAAGCCAGCGUAGCGGGGGGUAGAUUUACAGCAUUGUGUGCUGCAAGGGGCUGCCUGCGGUUCUGCUACGCUCCUGCUAUUCACCCAUGUGUAGACUGGCUCCCAAGACACGCACCUGCUUGUCAGAUUAGCUUUUCCCCACCUUCUUUCUCUGUAGCUAGAAUCCUGCCAGCAGCAGCAACAGACACAACGAUCUGCACCGUGAGCUCUGCCGCGCCUCAGUUAUUUCUCACAGAAGAGGCCUGCAGGUCGGCACCAGAGCAGCCUUCAUGGUGUAGAAUCAGUCGGACCAGCUGGCUGUCCCCUCACCGCCUGAAUUCCGGGAAGUGGUUAUCUGGGGGUUAGAUCUGGAAUACUGUCGGCGUGGGUCUGUCUGUCUGUCCGUCUGGCAGGAGGUUGUCGUUCCAGCUCCAGGUGAGACUGAGAUCUGGGGGUCAGAGCAGGAGAUCUGGGGAGGGGUCAGGAGUCUCCGGUUCUAGUCCCUUGAUGGUGCUGUUGCUGACUCGCUGUGGGCCCGAGGCUGCAUUGCUCUGUGCACCUACAGAAGGAAUGACUCUAGCGCGGGACCGUGUGUUAUGUGAAGCUCAUAGUCCCAGGUGUAGUUAUGCCUCUGUGUAGACGCCCCAAUCCUGUGAAUCUCUGAAGCCCCCGUCGCUAAGGAUUAUUCAUCCCGACCCGGGAUCGGGGCUGGAGGGACAUUUUUCUGUGGUGUAGAAUGAACGGCUCCUCUCUGAGGCUGCUCUGCGCUCGACGGGAUCUCGCCGGAGGUUCUGCUUUUAAACUCAAGACUGGAGAAUCGCUUGGCAGUGUGGCCUAGGGGAUAAAGCUGUGGAUGAGGAAUCAGGGCUGGGUAUUAGACAACCCGGAGCUGUCGUCUUCUCUGUCCUCCUGCAUUUUGUGGGGUUGAGUCUGUGUUUCCUAAAGCAACUUCUUUGCUAUUUUCUAGCGUGCUGAAAGUGAGAACUCACUAGAUCCCAGUGUGUUCUGUAUUUUUCUCCCUAUUUAUUGUAGGUAGCGAUGGUGGGGGUGUUAGUCCUGGCCUGUUGAUUUGGGGAAGGAAGCCCCGAAUCGAAACCCGUCUUUGGAAGGGAAAGAUUUGAGCCAGCGUCUAGGAAAUACCCACUCCCAUUGACUUAACUUAUAUUUAUACUCCGUGUGCUUCCUGGGCAUAACGAAUGCAACUAACCCCGAACGAAAGGCCUGGACCAGAGGACAGAAGCUGGCCAAUGUGCUCAGACCCAGAUGUGUCAAUAUCAGGACCAGCUUUGACCGUGACUGCUGGGUGUAGUGUCUGGGAAUGGGGUGGCGUCCCUUUAAAUAGGUUGCAAGCCCUCUCAUGGGCCUUCCUGGGACGCCAGCUUGUUUCUUGGUUUGCUACAUAAGGUUAUGUGUAAACCCCGGGAACGUACCACCACCACAAUCACUGUAUCUAUGCCAGGCCUACCUAUGCUGCUGCUGUUGGCUUCUGAAUUAGAAGGCCCACAUGCUAUUUAAAGGGAUCCAGCCCAAUUCCUCUGUGCUGUGGGACAGUCUCCCGAGGAAAUCGGGUGGGGAAUGUGGCGUAGGGAGCUGCCCUCCCCUGGUUCCAGGCCUGAAGGGAUUGCUCAGCAGCGUCUCCAUUUCUAUCAUUCACCGAGGUUUGAGUGCACUUACUGGGCGAUAAGGUUGCAUGAAUUUCCACCCCACUCGAGAGGACAGUUGGAAGUUGGCUGCUGCCGUCCUUUGUCAAUUAGUGGAUUGAGAGCUGCUGCUGAGAUGGAUUAUUAAUAUUGCCGCCGUUGGGCAGGCAGCAAACCUGCCUCUGUCUGUGUCCGUCCAUCUGUCCGGGACAGCCCCUUGGAUCGACUGUGCUGUGUCCGCUCUAGGGGGUGCUUGGUUUUUAACGGCCUGCGUGUGUGUGGCAUAAACAGCUUUAAAUCGAAACUGGAAUAAACUUUGGAACAAAAACUGGUUUGUUCGUGGUGUCGUUUUCCCUCGCUGAGGGGUCAGCGCUCGGGAGAGGAGCCUGGCUGCUUGCUUCAAAGAGGAAGGGCCAGUCAAGUCCCUCGAAUACCACAAACCUUUCCUUCAAAGCUGUGAUUUCUGUUAACACUCCUUUCCCCAGCCAGCAGUGCCUUGAAAGCAGCAGUGACUUCUAGUACAUUCCUUUCAUUCCUCUCAUCUAAGCUCUGGGUUUGAUUCCUAGCUCUGCCAGGGAGCG